AUGUACGAGUUGAAACAACCAUUACAACAGAUGUUUGUUUCAACUGAGUGGUCAAAUUGUGCUUGGGCUAAGAAGUCGGAUGGAAUAGCUGUCAAGAAGAUUGUCAUGGAUGAAGUUUAUUUUUGGCCAAGUGUGGUUUAUUCAAUGAAAACCACAAAGCCUCUGGUUCAUGUUUUGAGACUUGUUGAUGGUGAAAAAGAACCAGCAAUGGCUUAUAUUUAUGGUGCUAUGGAUGAAUGCAAGGAAAAGAUUGCCAAAAAUUUUGAUGGGGAUGUGGGUUCUUAUAAGGAAAUAUGGGACAUUAUUGAUGAAAAAUGGGAGAAUCAAAUGCACCGUGACUUGCAUGCAGCGGCUUAUUUCUUGAACCCGCGCUACAGGUGGAGUCCCGAUGUUUCCCGACAUCCCGAGAUAAAAAUGGUUUUGUAUAGGUGCAUGGAAAGACUCUUGGAUCAAGAAACUAAUGAAAAGGUUGAUUCACAGCUCGAUGAGUUUAAGUACAAGAGAGGGUUGUUUGGAUAUAAUGCGGCUUUAACAUCAUACCUUAAACGGCCUCCGGUUGAAUGGUGGGAUAACUUUGGAGAGAGUGUGCCCGAGCUCAUGAUGUUUGCAACAAAAAUAUUGGGUCUAACUUGUUCCGCUUCAGCUUGCGAAAGGAAUUGGAGUACAUUUAAUCAAGUACACACAAAGAGAAGGAACCGGUUGACUACGAGUAAAAUGAAUAGCUUGGUGUACAUUAUGUACAAGAAGAAGUUGAAGAGAAAGUUUGUCUCAAAGAAGAAGCUAGGAGAGGAUGAUGAUCCCUUAAUUGUUGAGGAAUUGCCAUCUGAUGAUGACUGGUUAGUCGACCCAAGUAUUGAAGAUGAUGAGAAUAGUGAAGAAGUUGGAACGGAUGAAGUUGCAGCAGAAGUUGGAACAAGUGCAAGUUCUAGUUCAAAAAGGAGGAAAGGUGUUCAACUAAAUCUGGUUGAUGAAGAUGAUGAGCUCGAUGGUCAAAUGGAAGAUGAUGAUGACCUUGGUUUAUGUUGA